CCACAUGUGUUCAGUUUGUUUAUAACGUGUGGAGCCUUCAGGUGACCGGACACUCAACUGUCCAGAUCCAGACCCAGAUCCAGACCCAGAUCCAGACCCAGAACCAGAACCAGGAACCAGGAACCAGGAACCAGGACCCAGAACCAGGAACCAGGACCCAGGAUCCGUCCUGAAGUUCAGCUGAAGCGGAUUUACUGAGACCCACAGAGACCCAGAUCGUCAGCUGAAGCCCAGAGUGUGAUGUGACCAGCUGCUUCGACUUUCUUCCAUCUAUCUCAGUGAAGAUCAAUCAGAGAUGACAACAGUAUUCGCGGCAGCCCUGCAGGCAGCAGGAGGACUCAGAGCCAGAGGGAUGAAGUCUCUUCAGAUACUGACAGUCUGUCUCCUUCCACUGCUGUGGCUGCAGCCUGCGAACUCCAGCAGUGCUCCAGAAGCCAAAGCCUGGAGCCAAACUGGACCACGACUGCAGCUCUCCCACUCAGAUCUGAGGAAUGGUUCGGCUGUGUUCUGGGAGGGCGGCGUCAGCGGUGGAUACCAGGCCCUGCUGUUGGACGAGGAUCAAGGAUGGCUGUUGGUCGGAGGGAAAGACCACAUUUACCUGCUGAGGCCCGACAGCUUGGAUCUGCCCACACGUACAGUCUACUGGCCAGCUGCCAGAGAACAUGUGGAGCACUGCAGGCUGGCAGGGAAAAGUCUGGAGACUGACUGUGCCAACUUUGUGCGGCUGCUGCAGCCUUUCAAUAAAACCCAUGUUUAUGCCUGUGGCACUGGAGCCUUCCAUCCACAGUGUACAUACCUGCACUUAGGACACAACACAGAGGAGCCAUCUUUCACACUCUCUCAUACGAUGGAGUCGGGCAGAGGGAAAUGUCCCUUCAGUCCCAGGGAGCCGUUCACUGCUAGACUGACUGAUGGAGAGCUUUAUGCAGGAACCUCAGUAGACUUCAUGGGAGCCAAUGCUGCGAUCUUCCGUACGUCUGUCCAGGGCAGCAGUCAGCAUUACAUCCGGACUGAAGCCUAUGAUCACAACUGGCUCAAUGAACCGGAGUUCGUGGGCUCUUUCUCCAUCCCGGACACUCACAGUCCGGACGACGACAAGGUCUACUUUUUCUUCAAGGAGCGUGCGGUGGAGGCUGGACAGUGGGACAAGAAGGUGUACAGCCGCGUGGCUCGAGUCUGCAAGAAUGACGUAGGGGGGAAGAGGAGUCUGAUCAACCGUUGGACCACCUUCCUCAAAGCCAGGCUGGUCUGUUCUGUCCCCGGUCCGUCUGGAGUUGACACGCAGUUCGAUGAGCUCGAGGACAUCUUUGUUCUGGAGACCAAAGACCCUCAAAACCCGACCAUCUACGGAGUCUUCAGUACAUCCAGCUCUAUAUUUCGGGGUUCAGCAGUGUGCGUGUUCUCGAUGGCGUCGAUCCGUGCUGCUUUCAACGGGCCAUUCGCUCAUAAAGAAGGUCCCGACUAUCGCUGGGUGGAGUACAAGGGCCGCAUCCCCUACCCGAGACCUGGCACUUGUCCCAGCGAGACCUACGACGCUCUCCACAAGUCCACCAAGGACUUCCCGGACGAGGUGGUGAGCUUCAUGCGGCAGCACCAGCUGAUGUGGGAGCCCAUCCUACCUCUGGGCGGCAGACCCAUCUUAACCCGGGUCAACGCCGCCUACAUGUUAAACAAGGUCGUAGUGGACAGGGUGGACGCCGAGGACGGACCUUACGAUGUCCUACACCUGGGCACAGACGAUGGGAAGGUGGUGAAAGCAGUUUCAGUUAUCAAAGACAACUGGGACACAGAGGAGAUCAUUCUGGAGGAGAUGACUGUCUUCCAGAGUCCCACUCCCAUCCUGAGCCUGGAGCUGUCUACCAAGAGACAACAGCUGUAUGUGUCCAGUGAGCUCGGUGUGGCCCAGCUGGGGCUCCAGAGGUGUGAGUUAUACGGGGCCGACUGCGCUGAGUGCUGCCUGGCCAGAGACCCCUACUGCUCCUGGGACGGACAGACCUGCUCCAGAUUCUUCCCCACCAGCAAGAGGCGGGCGCGGAGACAGGAUGUAAAGUACGGAGACCCCUGGAGUCAGUGUCCAAUCACAGAGGACGAUUCGGACUCUGUGGAGGUGAAGUUGGUGUACGGCGUGGAGGGAAAUUCAACCUUCCUGGAGUGUGUUCCUCGGUCGAAGCAGGCUGAGCUCAGGUGGACGGUGCAGCACACAGAGAGCCGGCAGCAAACGCUCAGUCACACACAUGAAAGCAGAGAGCUUCCUCAGAGCGAUGACCACCGCUCCCUCCACAUGAAGCGGGGGUUGCUGGUUCAACAUCUGGAGUUGGCGGACGCAGGCCUCUACACCUGCGCCAGCCACGAGCACUCCUACAGCCAGGUCCUGGCCCGAUACCGCGUUCACGUCAUCCCCAACGACAGCCUCCACCUGACCCGCCACCAGCAGAACCACAGCCCGAACCACCCGAACCCUGCAGCCCUCGGGAAGGUCGCAGGGUUUCUCGGCCAGUCUGGGCCCCCUCAUUCGCCGCCUCUGCUGCCGGGACACCGGAACUCGUGGCUGCUGCCCCAGCAGAGGAGCUACAAAGACCUGCACAUGGUGGGGACCAACAGUCUGAGUGUGGACGAGUACUGUGAGCAGCUGUGGUACCGCGAGAAGCGCCGGCAGCAGAAGCUCCGCACGCUGAAGCUGAAACAGGAGAGCAGGAAAGCCCGGGUGAGGAGGAACAACCCUCCUGAGGUUCCCCUCUAGUCCACCUGGAGGACAGAGACUGCGUAUGGACAACAGAUCCUGUACAUGCAGAGGACAAGGAAAGGUUUCAUCAAGAACAUUUGCUUUUUGAGCAGAUAUAAUGCCAACUGAUAGUGACACCAACUAUAUUUGCCAUUAAAGACUGACAGAAAUAAAAAAAAGGAAUAGUUUAGUAUAUCCUGAAUAUUUAGUAGAAUAUGUAUAUUAUUUGCAACCUCCUCCUGGCUCCAAGCUUCAGAUAAAACUGAAAAUGUUAUAUUGUCACAUAAAAUUCAGACUAGCGAGGUGGCAUCAUGUCUGAAUGAUAAUCAGCUCUCCUCAGAAUCACAAAUGUGCCAAGUAUUAUGAGUAUAACGCAUUUAAGAAUGUUUUGUUUCUGUAUUAUUUACCCAUCUGACCAGAAACCAGUGGACACAUUAAAUCAUAUUUUGGUUUAUGUGAUGUCAGCUUAUGAACUGUUGCCAUAUGUUGUGGCUCCUUGCUGCACAUUAACACUAGCUCAGCAAUCCCAAAACCUGUUUAAGCGAACUGCUCUGGGUUUAAAGGUUAUAUAUAUGAAAUUCGCCACUGGAUGUCGCACUAGAGCAGCAUCUCAAACCAAAGCAAUGGGACAGAAAUAAAAUAAAAACUCACCAAAAUCAACUUUGCUAGUCUUUACAACAAUACCCAACCAGAGCUUGGUUGUGACAGCAUUUGUGAAAAGGGAACAGUAAGCUAACUGCAGCUGUCAAAGUGUGUUGUUUUUGCCACUCACAGGCUCAGGUUGUUAUCUACAGGGAUAAACCUAAACCAGAACUAAUGUCACUAUCACUGUCCACCAGACUCCAUGGACAACUUACUUCACAUAUCAUUGUAAUGUCAUAACUUUGAGUUUUGUUCAAGUGGACAGAAACAAGAUAAAACUUCCAACAAUCACCAACUCUGGUUUGGUAGAAAUAAAUCCUUAAUUCACCGACGUAGAUGAUAAAAACAGUUUCAGUCGGAGCGGCUAUGGAAACAAACCACAGAGAGGCUGCGAUACAACACAAAGCUCCAUAAGGCCCCAUAUUAAAAUAUCUAACUUUACAGCAGAAAUAAACAUGUUUACAGAGACUUUUGGUCUCUAUAGCUAAUUUCCCCGUUCAUGACAACUGUACAGGGUGUGAACUCACCUGUUUAAAUUAUAUUAGGGUUUAAAGUUAUACAUAAUUCAGGACAUGGGCGCACUGAGUGACAGGCGACAGGCUUCAGCUCCCCCUUUUUGUCCAUAUUUGGAGUCAGGGCAGCCAGGAUGGCGACUGCCAGAGUCGACCACACUGAGCUUCACAACGGCUCUUCAGAAACCUGUGGGUGACGCCACAGAGACUACUUCACCUUUUAUUUAUACAGUCUAUACUCAGGAUGCCAUCACUCCACUAUACUGUAUCUUUACAUAGCAAAUAGUUGUUUGCUGCUAUAUUAAUGUUUUAAAUCUCAUAUAUAUGACCUUUAAAGUUACUUAGUGUUAGAGAGACUAGUGGGCUGAAGUAGGAAACCACGUUACUUUUACCUAAAUGUUAUGAAUUUACAAAUAUCCACUCUUCAACAAUCCUUUUUCUGUCGUUUUCUAUUUAAAAUGUGUAUUUAGACCUCGAGACCAACCAGUUCUGCAGUGCACCAGACAACUGACAUGAAGUUUGUCACAAAACUGCUAAUUCUUCCUAAUGGACUGAUGAACAGGUGAAAAUGUAUCAGGAUCUCACACACAAAGCAAACUGAAAUAUAAUAAACUCUAUAUACACUAUAAAUUAAUGACAGAAGACUAAACAAGACAAGUGUUUGCCAGAUUUACUGCUACACAUUUAACUGUUGUUUAACAAAAAAUAACAUAUAAUGUUUUCUAUGUGUAUUUAUGUUUAUGAUGUAAUGCUGAUCUGGGCUUCAUAUUGGGUUGAAUUCAGGCCUCAGUGGAAACGCACACAUGACAUGGACCUUGCUUGAAAAUACAUUAUGUAUAGCUUAUUAAUUCUGCUAUGUAACUAAUAAUUAUUAUUCACUUCAUUGUAUAUUAAAGAACUCUAUUUUUGAUAGUUUUCUUUCUUUAUAUGCUAGAAUUUAGUACAUUUUCUCGGUGUUUAUAUAAAAAGUGUGUGUUUCUCAUUUUUUUAAACGUCACAACUCUAAAUAAGCUUUGAGUUCAAUAAUAAAAUUGUGUUAUACUGUAUGUGAAUACGCCACAAAAUGAUGUCAAAUAAAAACCGAAAAUAAAGAAAAA